AUGUCGGAACAUGUUAUUGUAAUCCUCGAUGACUUGGCACCGAUACCCUCACAGCAACCGCCGCAGUUAAGGACAGAACCUCCAAUCAGCAACCUCGACAAACUCACCAGCAGCAGCAACAACAACGGAGCUCGAACGAGAUGGUACUUCAGACGGGGUGGACGCAUUGCUGACGACCAGGAGGAAGAGGAGGUGCUGGAGGAGGAGGGCCACGUCGAUCGUAGAGAGCUCGUUCUCGCCUUCACGAUACCGAAAAGCACAGCACGGGAGACACAUUACGACAUAGUUCUGGGCGUGUCGACUCGGGACCUGAACCUUAACACCGUCGAGGCUAUUAUCGUCACAUACAACCGAGUCACUGGCGCCAAGAAUGUACAAUCAGAGAACGCGGACCUUGCAGGGAAGGAGGAGCCGGAGGAGGGCAAUAGUGAAGUUUGGAAGUGGAGGUUGCAUAAGAAGGUGUUUCUGUCGGAAUCGGCAUUGGAGGUGGCCAUAGAGGUCAAGACCCGGGAUCUUGGUGCGAGUCAUUACGGCGAUGACCAUGACGAUGCCGAUGACGAAUGCGUUAGUGUCGGUGGUGCUUCGUCGUCAACAGAAUAUGGAUCGUUUGGGCUGCAUUUCGUGGAGAUCAUGACCGGCGCGCGAGACUAUUAUUCCAAGGAUCCGAGGUACAGGGAGCAUCAACCGUUCAUUCACUGUGUCGAUAUCAACAGGACAGGAUACAAGUUCCUGGACUCGACCACGGCGGAGUACCCGCAAAUCAUCAGCGACUACUGUGUGUCGAAGGAUGGCUCACAUGUCGUUGUCGCAACCACCGCUGGACGGAAAGAGGGCGAGACAACAUUUUCAUUGCAGCUCUGGAACUUCCGCGAUCUAACUGCAGUAUCACCAUCGACGCCGGAGAAAGCUGUAUCCUUGAAGGAGGAGAAAGAGGGGUCUGGGUCGCCGCUGGUGGCGUGGAUGCAGUUUCCUGCGACGAUGAAGACGUGGAACUUGGAGUUGGUACUGUCUUUGGAUGGAUCGCAGCUUGUGGUUCUGGACUUGGAGCCGUUGAGCCUCUCCCCAGAUGAAAGGAAGAACUACAGGACCACCAGUACUUUUUACAGGUGCGACAUUAAUCAGAUUGAGGCGGCAGAAGGAGCUGUUGCAGGAUCUGGGCUUGUGAGGCAUUAUCCUGAGAGGAUACGCGCCACCGCAGGACUCGAGGAUUUUCACGGGAGGGCUCAGUUUCACAUUAUUGCGGCCAUGGGUCAGGAUAUCAGAGAUGAGAUGUUUAUCACUUGCGACGGUGUCUCGGUCGAGAUCUACAGCGUUUAUGAACAGUGGACUCAUGUCCGAUCGAUCCUCAUGAAUCCCGCCCGGAACCGACCACAGUUCAUCCACAACGUCUACUCGGCCCUGUCCAAGCAGCUCCGUGGACGUUACUUCGUCGUCGAAGAGCCUGGUGCAGACCAAAUGGUCAGCACAUGGGAUGUCGAGCAAGGUGUCCGUGUCUCGUCUUUCACAGGUCUCACACCCGAACAAAAAUAUAACAUCAGCAGGAUUUCUGCCAUGUCUUCAAACGGGCAGCUGAUUGUGAUUCCUGGACGACAACACAUCGAUCUCUUCUGGACGGCGACUUGGACCUUGGCUGGCACACGCGCUUUUGACAGCAUGGAGCUCACGGAGGCCAUUGGUGAUGUUCAUUUUAUUCGAAACGAUACCCAGAUCGUCGUCGGUGUUGGCGUUGGCUCGGACUCGGAGGAGGUUCCAUUCUAUCGCAAGAACAAGGGUUACAUAAUCAACACUGAGACGAUGGCGGUGGUGGAGCGUUUCGUGUCACAAGGAUCGGAUGUAUUCUCGUUCAAGAUGGGUGGCAGUUGGACGAACCCACAGGUCUAUUGCAUCGGGAGCUCUCAAGUGUCCUUGUUUGACCUUCAGAACCGGAUCAUCCAAUCGCCAACCAAGUUGCGGGAUCUUUGCGACGCAUCCUGCACGUUAGUCUCGUCAUUCAAGAACUCUGCCGGGAGGAAGGAGGUGUUCUUGCCAGCAGCAGGAAUGACGUUCAGGGCCGAGGCGAUCAUGAAACCAAUCGUCAUCAACGGACGCCGCGAGACGCUGCCCUUUAUCGCCGUGGAAGCUCGUGACAGCAAUGGUCUUCUCAUUCAGAGGAUGUCGACACCUCUUCCGAGAGAAGCGGUCUUCCGCAGCGCGAGGUUUGUGGGCGGCAAGGAUGGAUGUUCGUAUCUAUUGAUUGUUCUGAACAAGUGGAUCAUGGUCUGGAGCACGCCGAAGUCUGCACGAGGAGGGUUUAUUCUACGGUGGGCUCAGCAUGGUGAGAGUGAUACCACGUGGAAAAUUUGUCCGCAUAGCCAGCUCUAUGGGUGGAAAGCCUCUGACGACAAAAACAACGGCAUCAGUAACAACGGCGGCGGCAAACAGGACAAGGACGACUGCUUGAUCUACGAUCGGUCCAUAUUCGACCCCAUUAAAGAAGGCAACCCUUGCAUUUUCCUGAGCGGUGUUAUUAACCUCGUCGAAAUCUUUGAACUCGCCACUAUUACCGCUGUCGACGACGACCACGACGCUCUACGACAGGAUAUUCUCCGCUACGUCGGGAAGUACAUCAAUUGCCAGCUCUCCGACUAUCACCUCGGUAGCAGCAUCGUUCCACACAUCUGCGAGAACUGGACUCCCACAAAACACUCGGCAAUAGUCUUGUUCCUACGUGCCUUGCUGCUCGAGAACACUCACCCUUCGGUCCGGUGGGUCCCGAGACCUCAUACCGUCGUCCAUGGCCAGGAAGAAGGUGAAGGGAAUCCAAUCCUGUGCAUGAUCAACAAGGCCAGAACGGAAUCCCAAGCAAUGGAAGUGGCGCAAGUUCUAGGCGAGUACUUGCUUCAAAGGGCUAGGAUCGAGAAGGACCAUUAUUUCUUGGUGCCGAUUCUCCGGAGUCUUCAAGAACUGAUGGUCGUGGACAAGGAGCAGCCUCUGGGCAUGGAGGAGUUCGUAGCGCAGUUGUACAGAGGAUUCGCGUACCUCCCAGUACGCCCAGUGCGGUUACCUAUCGGCCCUUCAGAUCAGGAGCAGGAGCUGCAAUGGGCCGGGACGCGGGCAGGAUUAGGUCUCAGGAAAGAUAAAUUCUCGAAGGACCUAUACUAUGCGUCGAGUGAUAUGCUCUGGUACAAGAUUGAUUCUGGAUCAGCGGUGACUGGUGGCGGUGGCGGUGGCGGUGGCGGGCAAGGCAGCAGCGGCAAUGGGAAGAUGAUCUUUUCGUGGUUGGGUGUGCUGUGGAGGAUGAUUGCGCACAACUUCAAGUUGUUGAGAAAGGACACUGUCCGGUGUUAUCCUUCUGCAUACCUGGAGUGUAGCAACCCCGCCCUUGUGGCUCUGGCCGAGUACAAAUGGGGUGUAGUAGGGUUCGCAUAUUGGAGAAGGCAGUUCAUGGCCCGAUGCUGCUACUACAUUCUUGUACUCUUAGCAGUGGCACUACAGAUCUAUGGCAAGAGCAAAGUCGGCGCCGAGGGCCUUGUAGUCUACAACUGGAUCGGGGUGUUCAUUGACAUCUCGAUCACCUCGUUCGCCGUCUUUCUGUGCGUUGAAGUCGUCCAGAUGUUCCGAGAGGGCUUGUUCUCCUACUUUCGAUCGGUGUUCAAUGUCGCAGACUUGUUGGUUCUGGUGUUGCCGUUUGCGGGAAGUCUUAACCAACUGUGCGCACUGAUGGGCGUCCUGACCCCUCCGGGACAGAACUCUGGGUUCUUAAGUUUUUCUGUCCUCAUUGUCCUCCUCCACUUUCUAUUCGAACUACGAGUUUUCAAACCCGUAGCCCGAGUGGUCUGGUCCACCACCCGCGGGAUCGAAUCCAUCGCUGCAUUCCUGUGCGUUUACAUCCUGGGCGUGUUGGGUUUCGUCAUGGCGUUUAUGCACAUGAUCCCCGCUUGUCCUGACUCUGCGUCUUGUCAGAAUCCCUCCUCCUUCAUGAGUUACACGCCAUCCGAUUUCUUUGCAGCCGUGUCUGGAACUCAACUGAGCGGACGGAGUGGAUGGGAUGGCGGUGGGUUGUUCUAUACCGACCAUUGGGCAAACUUUUUCCUGGCUUUAACGUUCUUCUUGUUCAAUGUCAUCAUGUUCAUCAACAUGGCUAUCGUUAUGAUUCAGGAUGCGUCAAAGAAAGGGGGUCAGGACGAGUGGAAGCAAGAGUGGUUCAGGCAUCGACUCCAGACUGUCGAAAGCGCCGAGAACAUGUCCUACAAGACUUCAGCGGAUGUGGUUUACUACUCAGCGACGGCGAAAGAGAUUAAAGAGUAUGAGAAGGAGCGAAGGAACAGCUAA